AACGAUCACCGAGGACCAAGCUGACGACAGAAACCGAGGUGUCCGGAGGUAUAUCGCUAGCCGCGGCGUGACCAGCCGCUCAGAACAACUUCGAACGGCGUCCGAGAUAGGUCUCCGAGAACAGAACAAGUGGUGCCAAGUGAUUAUACCGAGCCCGCCCUUCUUACCCCAGUGAGAGUGUGUGUGCGCGAGCGAACGAUAGCGAAUCCUAGUAGUGUAUAAUCCAGCCUCUUCGAAAAAAAGCAACAACAGCCAAAGAUCCAAAAAUGGUCUACGAUAGCGAUUUCUACACUACCCGCCGGGUCGGUUCGUCCUACACCCGGCCAACGAUUUCGUCCUACACCGUGACGACUCCGCUGCGAUACUCUGGAGUGCCAAGAUUCGAUACAUUCACUACCACCACCUAUCGCACCCCAAUGCCAUACGUUGCCCAUAAGCGCGUUGUUCCGGUGACACGAUUCUCCACCACACCGUCCCGAGUGAUAGUCUCACCAGUCCGUGUGCUGGGUUCGCCCGUGCGUGUUCUAGGCUCACCGUUCCGUGUUCUCAAUUCACCGGUUCGGGUUGUCACCUCGCCGGUGCGAACCGUGGUCCGGGCUGUCCGGUCACCGAUUCGUGUCAUCUCCUCACCGUCACGAGUUGUCACGAUUCGUUCGUCCUAUCUGCGCCCGUCGAUCAUUAACAAAGAGUUCGAUCGUAUUGAGCGUAAAUAUCGUGCCAGUCCCGUAAGUAGUGCCCUCGAGCAGUAUUACAACUCGCCCACUUACUUGGAAUUUGAGGACGAGAAGCGCGAGAUCCGCAACUCGAGUGCCCUGUUGCUUCGCCAACUGAACGAUCCAGUACCGCGUAUGCUGCCACCAUCGAUUUCCGCCGCCGAACCAAACCUCAAGAAGUGGGUGUAUGACCCCUUCAGCCAUCACAACAAGUACAACAGCGACACCUAUGUGAAGAACACCAUUACCGACCCACUGCGCAGUGUCGCCCGGGACAUUGAAGCAAUGGCUAGAUACCACUCGCCGGCUUCCCGCUAUGUCGAGUACGUACUGUUAGAUGAUAUUCUCUGGCGUUACACGUACUACGUCGAUGAAAAUGGCAAAAAUCACUUGGCCAGUACGCGCAUCAUUGGAUCGCAGGCGUACCCGAAGACCAAGCCGCGAGUCUAUAACUAUGACACGGCCCGGGUAGGCAAGGAUGUCAAUGUGAUGUCCUACUAUAAAUCGAAUCGUACCCAGGCAAAGGCUGACGUUGAGGAAGUGAGAUUAAAUCCAGUCCGGCCGACGCGCAAGUUCAACAACCCGACGCUGUACGACGACCCGACCGACCCGAAGCUGAAGGACAAACAGGCCAAAAUUGAUCUGGUGUCCGAGCUGAACAAGGUUCGUUACGAGCCGAUCAAUCUGGAACGCGAGCGCAUCAAGAUGAUCGACGAGGCGAAGAAGAAGGAGGAGGAAUCGAUCGAGCGCGAACGCAAGCGGCAGGAGGACAAGGCUCGCCAGGAGGAGGAAGCCCGCGUGGCGGCAGCGGAAGCCGAACGCAAGCGCAAGGAAGAGGAACGAUUGGCCGAGGAAGCUCGGUUAGCGGAGGAGGCGCGUCUAGCCGAAGAAGCCCGCCUGGCGGAGGAAGCCAAGAAGGCUGAAGAGAAGAAAAAGAAGGCUGCCGAGAAGAAGCGUAAGCAGGAAGAAGAGGAGAAAAAGCGCAAACAGGAGGAAGAGGAACGCAAGCGCAAGGAGGAAGAGGAACGAAAACGAUUGGAAGAAGAAGAACGCAAGCGAAAGGCUGAAGAGGAAAAAAAACGUUUGGAGGAAGAAGAACGUAAGCGUAAAGAGGAAGAAGAAAAGAAACGAUUGGAAGAGGAGGAACGCAAACGCAAGGAGGAAGAAGAGAAGAAACGCUUGGAAGAAGCUCGUCUGGCCGAGGAAGCCCGACUCGCCGAGGAAGCUCGCGUUGCCGACGAGAUUCGACAAGCCGAAGAGAAGAAACGUAAGGAGGAAGAGGAGGCUCGCAUAACCGAGGCACAGAAAAUUCGCGAGGAUGAACUCGCCCGAUUGAAUGAGUUGGAGAAGCAAGCCAUUGAGGAGGAUAACGAGGAACUGGCUCGUGAAAUUGCCGAGCUAAAAGCUAUCGCUCAGUCGGAUGAGGAGCAGCUGAAGCGACAGGCCGCCAAGCUUGAGGAUGUCCCUGCUGCUGCAGCAGAUGCAGCGGAAGCUCCAGUUGAAGCUGUUGCAGCUGUUCCCGAAGAAGCCACCCCAGCUCCCGCUGCCAGCGAAGCCGAACCAGCCGCUCCAGUUGUAGCAGAGGAAAGCAAACCUGAGGAAAGUCCUGCUUCCGAACAGUAAACUCUAAGAUCUUAGACUAAGGUUUAUUAGAGUUAAUCAAGGUGUUCCUGAAGCUAUCAACCAAACCCAAAAUACAACACAUAGUUUGAUCAGAAAACAACCAGAAAGAACAUUUCAGUUGAAGAUUGUAUUUUUCCAGCUUGAAUACGAAUUCGACAAAAAUCGCGAAAUUACACCGAAUCCCAAACGCUACUUUAGAAACUUUAGACAUUCGUAAAGAAUCGUAGAACCGUCAACUUGCUCGUUCCUACGAAAGCCGACAAAACAAGUAAUGUUACGCUUCCAAUUUCUAUCAGUGCAUUUUUCUCAGCUUUUACUUAAAAAUACCCCACCCUGGAAAACUAAAAAAAUAUAUAUACAUCUAUUUGUCGAAAUUUAUUGGGAACAUGUUACAAUGAAUACAUAAAUGCAACACAUCUAUUAAGUUGCUCUGUUAAUUGAAUAAAUUAAUUCUUAAUCCAA